AUGCGAAAAAGAAAAUCUACCAGCACCCACCGGAAGAAACAAGAUCAAUCGAAGAAAACUGAAUUGGAGUUUCUAUCAACAAUACCUCCAACUAUAUUUUAUCCUGAUCUUGAAAAAAGUACCAGCACCACGAAAUCAAGUACUGCUCGUACUUCACUUCCAAUCUACGAUAAAAGUUAUGUCAUAUCAAACGAAGACGACGUUAGAGGAGCGUUAAAGAAUAAUUUACUUGACAACCUCAAUAUAAUUACGGCAUCACGAAAACCAAUAGAGAUUUCAUCUUUAAACGAGUCGGAAAUUACAACUAGGUUAUCAAUUCAAUCUAAUGUGAUGAGUGAACAAUCGUCAAGAACAACGACAAAUUUCGUUCCUCAUAAGUCGUGGUAUUAUUCCUAUAUUAUCAAAAGACAAAUUUCAAGUAUUGUACCGGUAAUUGUUAACCAUGGAGAAGAUACUACUAACAUAAGGUAUAAUCCAACUAGAAAUCUUGGAUUUAGUAGACAAUACAUAGCAUCAAAAUUACCAUCUGUCGGUGAAGUAACGGGAUUUUAUAAACCUCGAUAA